AGCUGAUAUUUCGAAGCAAGCGCCAGUCAGUGUAAUGUGGGUCAGAGCAUUCCGUCUGUCGGAAGCUAUGUCGUCGUCUCUUUAAUGAACAUUGACGAUAAUUAAAGGAUUUUUCUCUUAAAAAGCAUUGCUAGACGAAAAAAAUUUUCAUUGGGAAAUAUUUACAAAUGGUAGCUAAACAAAUUGGUAUAUAAUGAUGAAAGUUUACGAAUCCCACAAAAGCAAAAACUAAAUAUAUGGAUGUAUAUUACUGAUUGAUUUGGGUUUUUUUUUACAAUGGCUGAUUCCACAUGGUUGCUGCUGAUGUCUCAGCUUACCAGUGUUGAAUGGACAUACUCUACACAGAAUGUUGGUAAUUUCUCCCAGCUUCUCUGUACUUCAUUUCCCGUCAAAUGCUGCAGUUUGGAAAUGUCUCAGUAAACUAGAAACUACUUGGCUGGAGUCUUGGCAACAACUACAUCAACGCUACUACUGCCACCACCACUACCACCACCACCAUUACAGCCACCCAUAGUAACAGGAUCAUUAACAAGACUAACAGCACAAACAUCAUCAUCAUCAACAACAACAACAAAAAUAUCACAACUGCUAUCAAAGACCACAACAGAAGUAACAGCACUUCUCCUCCUCUUACUACAACUACUACUACUACCCCUGUCAGAAUCACCAACACCGGGACUGCCGCCGCCACUGACACCAACAACAAGAACAGUUGUUUCAGAGGUGAUGACAACAAUUACAGCAACAAAAACAACAGCAUCAGUACCAAUAUCAACAGCAGCGGCAGCAGCAGCAGCAACAACAACAACAGCAGCAGCAGCAACCAGAAGCACAAGUGUGAACAGAUGAGUCAAGCUGUUAGCGACAGAACCGGUGACACCAAAUGCAAAGUGUCUGUGACCACUAAUGCGACUACCACUACUACCGCUACCACCACCACUAUUGCUACUGCCAUCACUACCAUUACUACCACCUCACCAAAUCUAGAUACCAAUAAUAAUAAUAACAAUAAUAGUCUUGCUAACACUGCUGUCAACAGCAACAACAACAUAAGCACCCUUCUUACCUCCACUAGCGCCACCACUAUUCCUAGUACUCCAACUACCACCUCUGCUUACAUCAUCGACGACAGCACCAACAUCAUCAAGAGCAGUACUAUUAGUGCUUGUAGCAGUGGUAGUAUCACCAGUGGCAAUAAUAAUAGUGGCAGCAGCAGCAGUAGUAGUGCCAGUGACUGUGGUGGCACUGGUUUCGGUGGUAGUGGUGGCAGUGGUAGAUAUCGGUUCAGUGAGCCAUCGUUAGUUACGGCCUUGACAAAAGCUGAACCAGUUAACCCGUUGCUGGCAACGCUUGGUGUGAAACCACCGCCACCGACCCGACAGGCAAGGAACGGGGUGGUUCGGUCACCAAACUCUUGUGCCAUAAUCACUGCCACCACCACCACCACUAAUAACAACAACAGCAACAACAAUAAUACUUGUAGCACUGCCAACACCAGCACAAACAGCAACUGUAAUAAAAGCAAGUGCAGCAGUUUUGUUGACAUUUACAAAAAGCAGCUUGCAUUUUUGGUGCAGCAGUCUGGUGACAGCAAGAGCAGCGCCGGUGGAAGCAGCAAGAAACCAACGGAACUGUUGGAUAAAAAGAAAAGGGUAACAGACACCAUUCCGCCAACUUCCACCCCAGGUUCACCUCCAACUCCAGCAUCUCUACAGCCACUGCAGCCUUCGUCUUUACCAUCUCCACUGCAGGCGGCACCGCUUCCAGCAGCUGUUGCAGAGUGUCACCAGGUCGUGACGAAGUCAAGCAGCAGCAGCAGCAGCGGCACCGAGAGCCACAGUGGCAGUGGUCGCAACAAUUGCAAUAACAGCAGAAAGACUAGUGAUCCUCAGUGUCAGGAAGUGACUUCAUCCCGGUUGCUCUCUGACCGUUUGCCCUCAAUUUCUUCAAUCACCACAGCCCUUUCACCUUCACCUUCACCUUCCCCUGCCGUCCUGCCCUCGCCCCUGACAUCCCCUCUGCCCAGCCUAACUGAUGAGAAGGACAGCUGUUGCACUACACGCAAUCAGAGUCAUUACAAAAACACUGGCAACGGUGGCUACUGCAACAAAAACAACAGCACUGACGCCACUGGUACCACUCUGAACCACAACCACAACCAUCAUCACCACCACAACAGCACCAACACAGACACUGCUGCAUGCUUUGAUCAUGUUAGUACAACAUUUGUAGAUAAUAAAUUUAGCACAGAAAACAACAAUAACCACAGUACUAAGUUGGGUCCAUCCCUUCUCAGCAAGAAUACUCAACACAACAACAACAACAACAGUAGGGAGUCUUUCUUUGAAGAUCAGCAAAGACCUGUCGUCACACCAUUGCACGUCAUCGACAGCAAGUGUGAUGGCAGUAAGACUAAGACAUUGCAGCAACAGCAGCAGAAACAACAUCAGUCAUUACAACCACCACCACUACAACAACAACAACAACAACAAAAACUGCAACUACAAACAGAACAACUGCAAGAAAAGCAAAUGCCACCUACAGCCAAGCAUCUUGUAGCAACAACAAGAACAACUGCCAUAGCAGCUGCAGCAGUCAACAGAAGCAGUGGAGCAACAAGUGAUGAAGAGUUUCAUCCAUCACUCUCUUUGAUAUCUUCAGCAGCCUCAGCAUCAGCUUCUUGCCAGCAGCAAGAUGACAGAAGACAAAGAAAUGUCUUGUAUACGACAACAACAACAACAGCAACGUCUCUGUCAUCACCACCACCACCACUAUCAACAAAAGCAGUAGAAGCAACAACAACAACAACACAACAACAACAACAACAACAACAACAACAACAACAACAACAACCACGACUGCAUCAAAUACCAUCACCUGAACAACUUGAGCAACUACCACAACAAGAGGACAGAGAAAAUAACAUUGUGUUGGUGCCUGUUUCAAAUGAUGAAAUUGUGACACAACAGCAACAGCAGUCACAGUUACUGAUGAUGAUGCACCAAAAAUGUGACACAGACAUUAACAACAGAGACAGCCUCCCCAGCAGUAACACAUACAGUGCAGCGAGACUGGCUGCAGCCACCAACACCUCCACCACCAAUGUCAGCAGCACUUGCACCUUCACCACUGCCACCACUAUCACUAUGAAUAACACCAAUAUCAACACUUCUCAAAUCAUAUCACCACCAUUACUACAGUGUUCACAGCCAUUACCACCACCACCACUGUCUGCACCAUUGUUAACAACUACCACACCAGCCACUUUCAGCAACCAUGCAUUGGACACUUUCCUCAGUCCACUUCACACAGACAGUACAAUUGUUCCUGUCACAAAUAGCACCUGUAUUUUUCCAACAUCACUGUCAACGUCAUCCUCCUCUUCAUCAUCCUCAUCCCCCUCUUCCUCAACUCCUUCUCUGUCAUCUCCAGCCUUGUUUUCUCUGCUUCCUCCAUCAUCUAUAGUCUCCUCUUCACAAACUGUCAGCGUACCACUACAGAAUACCUCGACAAAACAAACCAACUCCAUUUUGACAUCGCAAGAUGCUUCUUUGUUUCUCAGCAGAAGCAACGCAGAACCUUCAGUUCAAUCGGCAAUGGUAAUGCCACCAUCUACUCCAAUUCAGUGUCAAGUAAUGCCAACAACAGAAGCAGCUUCUUCUGACUGCAGUAGCGAUGAAAACUCCUAUGAUGGCUGUGCAAGCAGUGAGCCUUCUUCAAAACCGGAUAUAGAUUCUCCAGAGUCGUUUGUUGCCUCAACUCAAACUGGGUUCGAUAACAGUGAGCAUGACGAAAGCACAGAAGACAGCAUUGGCAACAGUGCCAGUUAUACUGGGAUAUCGUCAUCGGUAUAUGCUAAAGACAACAUUUCAAAAGUUUUAGACAGCCAUUACAAAAGGAUAAAAGACCCAGCCUUGAAGAGUACUUAUGAUAUGGAGUAUGGCAUGAAACUCUGUCAGGACUUCUGCAUCAAAGAUGGCAGCAAUUUUGCUCGAGAUGUGCUUUUGCACUCAAGUGUUGACCACAUGUGCAAGUCCUACAAUGUUGAUGAUGAUGAUGGUGAAGAUGAUGACAAUGUAUAUAAAUAUUCUUUCUCCUUGCCGAGCAAGAAAAACAUAGAUGCUCUUGACUGUAAGAAAACAUCACCAACUUCUGGUCUUGUCAGUGAUUUGCUGAGGUGUACCACUGCCAUUGCUGAUGAUCACUCUUAUUGUUGGUCAGUGUCGAAGACACAAGAACCAGAAUCGCUCUUGCGAGACGCGUAUCCGUGUGAUGAUGAAGUGUCUGACUCGAGUUCGUUGGAUGACAUUCCUGAUAAGCAGGAACAUUUAACUUUCUUAACUCAAAAUGCAUUUCUUAAAAACAACAACCCCAAAAGUGUUGAGACGAAGACUUCGUUUUUCUCACCUGCUUCCCAAUCUAUCCGGAAGCAAAUUGUUGGGAAAGACAAGAAAAUGCAGCUGAACUUAAACAAUGGGUGUGUUUCUUUAGAUUCCAGUGGUUUUAAUAUUUGCAGUAACAGCAGUAAUUUUAAAAUGGCAACAAAUUCAACAAAUAUGUUAUGUAAGACUAUUCCAAAUAACCUAAUUAAUAAUAAUGAUAAUAAUAUUAUUAAUAAUAGUAGUUGUAGUGGUAGUUUCAAUAACAACAGUAAUAAUAAUGUUGUUGACAGCAUUACGCCAAAUGGGGACAAGUUUGUCACUGACUUUUCCUCCUCUGGACUUGAAGAGAAAACACAUUUAAGUUUCAAUAGCUAUUACCCUUUUGAAUCAAAGUUUGCUGAUGAAAGGAAAGUCAAUGGCUUAUCUAGUCCAGUGCAACUCUCUGAGUUGUCACCAAAUUCUCGAUCACCCAAAAUCACUCCUUUAAAGAAUGUCAACAACAGAAUGAACACACAGAGCUCUCCCAAAAUCGGAAGCUUUCGAAUUGGCACAUACGGAUCAAUAUCCAACAAAGAGUGGGAGGAAAACGUCGAUUCUGAUACCCCAUUGACUGUUGGUAGCAUCUCUAUGUCAGAUAAGAAGCGAGAGACAUUCACAUUUUGCCACAAGAAAGAUUUAUCUGACAGAUUAUCUGCAAAUGAUGAUCAGAAAAAUACAGGUCUACUUUAUGAGAAUUCCAUGGAUGUUGAUGACGCUGUUAAAGCACUGAGCAGUGAUGGUAUGAAUGGUUUCAAGUUUCAGGAAGAAUCAGUUAGUAGUAUUAACUACGCUCAUAUUCUUCAUGACCAUGACUACUGUAUACGAACAGCAAUUUCUCCAACCAAGUCUGAACUUGCAAAAGAACUCUUUAGCUCUAAACUACUGCCAUCAUCAACCUCCUCAAAGAUAUCUAAUCUUUCUUCAACAAAGACAGCAGUUGUCUCAAAUGAGUGUUCUAGUUCUCCUACAAACACCCCUGUUACCACAGAAGCAAAGAACUGGCGUAAACCCCGCAACAGUAACAGCAAGUCAGUUGACACAUCUGAAGAUGUGUCUGUUUCUAAUUUACCUCUUAAAAUUGAGGAACCUGACCAAGAAAGUGCAGAAACCAGCUGUGAGACCUCUCGUACCAACGAGAGUAAACUAAAAAUAACUGGUAGCUUUCAAAAUGAUUAUGUAUAUUUUCUUAAUAAAACUGCUCGCAGUAGAAGGCGAUUCAGCCAUGAGAUCUUGCCAGACAAAAACCUUCAAUCAAAGCACUACUCUGACAUUGUUAUUCCUCACUUGACUGAUGCAGACCUUGAGGCUCUGAAGCGUCGGCAAAAUAAAUGCAGCCCAAUGUUAGAUGCAUCAGCUGCCUCCAAGAACCUUUGUGAUGGAAGUAAUGACAUGGAGAUUGACAGUAAACUGAUCCGCUCAGUUAUGAACAUGGAUAAUCCCAGUAUGGACCCUGACAUGGAGUAUACUCUUCCUGUACUCGAUAAUGGAUUCGUCUCCGAAAGCAUGUCAACAAACUCGGAAGUCUGUUUUACGCCAGAAGAUAUGGAUAUUCUGUACAGUGCAUUUAAAAUGGUAGAGAAUGCAAACGGCUUUCGAAGUUUGGAUGAAAUCCGAAAGACUGCUGACAGCUUUGAUGGCAUGCAGAAACAGAUGAACUCUUCUGUGUCUAUGCUUCAAGAGGACCAAAUUAACCCCUGCAUGACAGCUGUCAAUGAGAGUAAAGAGCCAUUUGUAAACUCCGAUUGUAUGAGCUCUGAGGAAGCUAUCAAUGAGUCAGCACAAGUCCAUGCUCAUGGCUUGCCUCCGGAUAAUACUUUACUAGAUUUUGAAAAUAUGCCUAUAAAUGAUAUGCAUAAUAUGAUAAGUAAUGAGAGAGACAAAUUUAAGGCACCAACUCUUGCUUGUUCUCAAGAAAGUGAUCUAAACCAAUCUGAUUUGAACAAUUUAUGCUCCAGCAACCCUAGUGCAAACUUGACUGAUUUGCAAAUACCAUCUUUGGAGAAAUUUGACUUGUUAAGUGGUGAUUUGCCAUUAAAACUGGACAAACCAGACUUAUUUCUUGAGCCUACUGUCGAAGAUAUAUCUACAGUUCCUGACUGUAACCCGCCUUGGAUUGUAACUGUUACUAUGUUUUGGAAUGAUUUGCCUGCCAUUAUGAUGGACCACCAUCCAUACAUACGUCUUGUAGACAUCCAUAAACAAAUUCUUCCUGCAAAAGAUACAGGAAUACUUAAAAAACGUUGUCAGCUUCUUGGCCUUCCUGUACAGAACUGCACAGAAUUUCAACGUUACUUUUUAGUGCAGUAUGGACGUGCAUACAAUUCUAAGAGUACAUUGGUUAUUUCAAAGGAUGAUGCCAAAUCUUUAAUUGGCUACUAUGUGAACCCACCACCCCGGGCACCAAAGGGUGAAGGUAGUGAAGAUGAGCACGGCAGUCCAGAGAAACGAAUUCUGAAAACAAAUGGUUCUUUGGAAGGAAGAAUGAAAAAACAAGCCAAGACCAUCGGAUCAAAGAGGCAGUCUUUGCAUAAGAAAAAUCUGUCUUUGGAAAACCAGCUAAAUCGAGAAAGGACAUUAAGUGAGAAAUCAGAUGACCAGCCUGUUGAGAAACAGUCGGCCAGCCCAUCUAGAUUUGAUAGCACAACAGUGUCCGAGGCAGUAACUUCAACAACAUCAGCGGCAUCGAAAGUUCGUGUCACUUCCUCAUCGCCUCCCUUGACAAGCACCAGGUCACGCUUGCGUCACAAGAAGAUAAAUUUUCUAGACUUGAUCCGCGGUGAAAGCGGGUCAUCGUCUGCUUCAUUGUUGCCGUCACACUCGUCAUCAUCUUCGAUUGCACCCACCUCUUCUGGCUCAGUAGACAUUUCCCCAUUGGCUGGCACCAUGCCGGCCCAUUCCCUAAGAUCCUCUUCUGCAUCCUCCCCUUCCUCCUCCUCAUCAUCUUCAUCGUCAUCCACCCUGUCUGCCCUUUUCCCGCCUCUCUCAUCUUCACUGUCACCCCCGCCAUCCCCGUCAUCUAACAGUGCCCUCUCCUCCAACAAAAUGCACAGUGCUGUGGCCCUUGCAGGAGAGGAGGCUUCGUGCACCCGGAAGCAAGGGCUAGCUGUGGGUGCAAACCGAUUGAAGGGUGAAAAAUCAUUUGCUGGCUCUCGUCAGCAGAAGAACGGUAAUAAGGGACAAGUGAUGCCAUCACUGAUGUUGCUACAGCAACAGCAACAGAUGAACAGCUUGUUAACGAGUGAGUGCAAUAGCUCGUUAAGUUCAUCUCCUGAUGCAAUCAACAGCAGCAGCAACGGUGGUGGCAACAUCAAAGUCAACAAGACCAAAAAGCCACCAAAUGACUGCAAAUUGGUCGGUGGAGGUGGCGGCGGAGGAGGAGCAGGGCGACGUUGCUACAACCAAAAGAAUGGUCUGAACGGUAGGCGGCAGAAGAAUGGCGAUGAGAAAGAGGCAGCUGGUAGUCACUGUGUCGGCAAGUUGCCAGCGAAAAUCUCCAAGUGGGCAAAGCCGAAUCGAGGCAUCGGUCGGCGAAUUAAGAAGAACAAUAGCCGGCUGAAGGUGAAGCUAAAACUGCAAACCCCAAACCAUAGUCUACCGGGCAGCACAAAUGAUUUCAGAUUUAUUAAUUCCACCAUCAACACCACCAACUACGACAGCAACUAUAACAAUACUAACAUUAAUAAUAUUAUUAAUAAUAAUAAUAAUAAUGGUAAUAUUAACAACAACAAUAGUCACAUUAACAAGAAUAUUAGCAAAAACAGAAACAUCACUAAUAAUAAUAACAAUAAUAAUUAUAGCAGUAGUGGCAGAAGCAACACAGCCAUUAACCCUUCCAAGUCCAUCACAGCAACAAAAACACUAACAACAACAACAACAAUGCCAGUAUCAUCAACUACAACAACAACCACAACAACAGUAACAACAAACAAUAGUAGUAAGCCUCCCAGUCAUAAAAAACGUUUAAGAGUCAACAAAAUGCAAAGCAUUUUUGACGUUAUUCAUGUUCUCCGUGAGGAUGUAGUAGCAGACAGAUGCAUAGGUGUGCAGGCAGGAGAGCUUCUGACAAACUUGUACAUAGAUAGAGACUCCAAGUGCAUCAAGUGCACUACUUGUACAGAACUGUUUUCUAUCGUACACUUUAUGCAGCAUCAUCAGCAUUCAAACUCCGGUGUCAGUUGCCAUAGUGACUUACCUGUGUCAGCUUCACCGUUAUCGCAACAACAACAAAAACACCAACACCAGCAACAACAACAACAGCAGCAGCAGUUGUCAUCGCCAUUCUUGUCAUCAUCGUCAUCAUUGUCAACACCACCAACAUCUUUACCACCUUCACUUCCAACACCAGAUACAGUACGGGAGCUGUCGUCAACCCCGUGCAUGUGGCGUUUGAAACUCAACAGCAAUACUUCUGAGAGUCAACAGAAGUUGUGGAAACACUUCUUGAAGAAGCAACAUCAACUGCAGAGCAGGCAGCAGUCUCCUCCGAAAUCUGGCAAUGGCAUUAGAUUUUAUACGUCGGCUAACAUGUUGCUCUUGGAAAGCCAGCCAUCCAACCUGAAGCAAGGUGGAACUAGUGCAAAUUCUUCAACCUCUCGAGUGAGUUCCCGUAAACGCAAACAGAAACAGUUCUAUCCAAUUGAAAACUAUGAAUUCAAAACUGCUCUUAGCUCUGCGGCACACAGCAGGAAUUCAGCCGGCACAUCAGUAGUGAGCAAAGUAGCAGACACUAUGGUGGCGCGGUUGUCAAAAGUCCUGUUGGUGCUGCUUCUGGCCGAGCAAUGAGCUGUAGUAUGGGGUUGAGUCCCUCCAAGAAAACCAUGAAACUUUCGCAUCAGCCAUGCGAAGGUGCAGCUAUGUCUGUGUCGUCGGCACCAGGCUCAGCCAAAGCUGUGAUCCUCCCUGGCGUUAGUGGUUCAUCUGCCUUCUCCACG